AUUAACCGGAUCAUGAUCUAAAUAUUUGGAAGCUAACUCGCAUCACGUUCAUUGCUAUUCGGAAAACGAUCGAAUUAAUCUAGUCAUAAUCAUAUGAUAUGAUCACAGAUCACCUAUACUUAAAUGGAUCGCGACAAUGUUACUUGUUCUAAGCAAAUUGACGUCGACUAUGGGACUGAACUUGAACUACUAAUAUGAGGUUCACAAUGAAGGAAGAGUUUGGGAAUGAAAAUGAUACCAAGAAUGAAAAUUAUAAUUAUCUUCAGGGAAGAGCUAUGACAAAUGUUCCCACUGGAGAAGAGUUAGUAAUUACAGGUUUGUCGGGCACUUUCCCUAAUUCCACUGAUGUAUACCAUUAUCAAUAUAAUCUAUUCAACAAAAUUAACAUGGUACUUCCAAAUCGACGUUGGAACUAUAAGCAUCCAGAAAUACCUGUAUGUUCGGGUACCAUCCCAGAAGUUGACAAAUAUGAUGCAGGAUUUUUCGGUGUUCAUCACAAACAAGGCGAAGCUCAGGACGUGAUGGGAAGGAUUUUGUUGGAAAAAACAGUCGAGGCAAUUUUGGAUGCAGGAUUAACUCUAGAAGAUUUUGAAGGUACUAAUACAGGUGUUUAUGUUGGAACCUGCUUCAGCGAAUCUGAAAAAUCUAUUCUGGUCGAUAGACUUGGACCUGAACCAAAAGAAGGAUUUAGUGGAUGUACUAGAUCAACCCUCGCCCACAGAAUCAGUUAUUUUUUAAAACUCAGAGGUCCAUCAUUUAUAACUGAUACAGCUUGCAGUAGUUCGCUUUUCGCAACAGAAGCUGCUUUCAGAGAUUUGAGGAUGGGAGUAGUGGACGCUGCUAUUGUAUGUGGAUCAAAUAUGUGCUUCCAUCCUUUUGUAUCUCUACAAUUCGCUAGAUUGGGAGUAUUGAGUUUGGAUGGCUCCUGUAAAGUCUUUGAUCAAAUGGGUAAUGGAUACGCUAGAUCUGAAGCAGUAGGUACGAUGAUUAUUCAAAAGAAAAAUGUUGCAAAAAGAAACUACGGUCAACUCAUUUAUAUCAAAACCAACUGUGAUGGAUUCAAAGAAGCUGGUAUCACUUAUCCUUCUGGAGAAACACAAAAACAACUUCUUACUGAAUUCUAUCAAGAAACCGAAGUAAAUCCUGCUGAUCUCAGUUUCUUAGAAGCUCAUGGAACAGGUACUUUCGUUGGCGACCCAGAAGAAUGUGCGAGUAUUGACGAUGUUCUCGCAAAGUGUAGAAAAGAUCCAUUACUAAUUGGUUCGGUGAAAUCUAACAUUGGACAUUCGGAACCAGCUUCUGGAAUAUGUUCCAUUACAAAAUGCAUAAUAGGUUUGGAGACAGGCUAUAUUCCUCCUAAUCUACACUUUACUACACCAAGAGAUAACAUUAAGGGUAUUAUGGAAGGUCGUCUAGAAGUCGUCACUGAGAAAAUGCCAUUUAAGGACAAUAGAGGACUAGUCGGCAUCAAUAGCUUUGGUUUCGGUGGAAGUAAUUGCCAUCUUCUGAUAAAAGCUAACGAAAAAGAAAAAGUUAAUAAGGGCAUACCGAAAGAUGAUAUCCCAAGAGUAGUAUGCAUUAGUGGAAGAACGAAGGAAUCUAUCACCACCAUUUUAGAUGAUUUGAAAUCUAAUAAUUUAGAUGCUGAACAUGUCAGACUUUUGCAUGAUGCAUUUAGGAAGAACAUUCCCAAUCAUAUUUACAGAGGAUACUCACUAUUGUCCAAAUCCGAUGAAUUAUACAGAUUUUAUGAGCAAUAUUCAGGUACUAAAACUCCUCUGUAUUUUGCAUUCGGUGAACUUAAUGAAUGGUACGAUCUAGGAAAGAGAUUACUACUUAUUCCCAAUUUUUCAAAAACCAUGGAAAAAGCACAAAAAUUCCUACUCCCAAAAGGUGUUGACGUUCAUAAAACAAUUUUUAAUGAUAAUGCAGAUAAAUCAAUAAACCAAGUCUUAGGAAGUAUUUUAGUACAAAUUGGGAUCAUAGACCUUUUCAAAGAAUUAGAAAUCCAGCCAACAAACUAUUUCGGAUAUUCAUACGGUGAAUUAUUAGCCGCGUACUUCGAUGGCAUUAUAACGUUUAAACAAAUUAUUGAAUGCGCGUUAGCCCUCAAUUUUGUUGUUGACAAGAUCAACAAUCUGUAUGAUGCUAAAGGUCGAAAAAAUGUCAAUAAUACAUUACCAAAUGACAAUGCAGAUACAGGAAAUAACUCUAUUCUAGACAAUUUUAGAUCAAAUUUCAAAUCAACUGAACUUCUUUCCCUCAGAAAGCAACUGUUGGCAAACUUAUCCAAUAUCCUAGAAAAGCCUCAGAUAGGGAAAUCUGGCAAAGAUUUUGAUAAGUUUGGAUCAGCUGAUUAUUUCGUGAAUGCCCUAUUGCAAAAGUUUUCUGAUAAAUUCGACUACGUAGAACAAGAUUCUAUAGUACUAACCUUCGGUGUUAUCCCAAGUUUGAACGAAAACAGAGAAGAAGUUAAAGUAAUCUCACUGGUCGCCACAAAAGAUAUAGAUUACUUGGAAGAAUUUUUGAAGACUAUUGGAAAUUUAUAUGUGAAUGGUUUUAAUCCUCAGUUAGCAAAAUUAUAUCCAGAAAUCAACUUCCCAGUAAGCAAGGGAACCAGAAUGAUAUCACCGUUUAUCAGGUGGAAACAUACUCGUAGUUGGUACGCACCUUUAUAUAAUUUGGAGGCUAUUAACUCUGCUCAGCAUGGUACUAGGACAUUGAAAGUUCAGCUUUCAGAUCAACAAUGGUCUUUUAUUCAGGGCCACGUAAUUGACGGAAGGACUUUGUUUCCCGCUACAGGAUAUCUAUAUCUGGCAUGGGAAACUUUGGCUCUAAUAGAAGACGUACCUGUGACAGUGAAACACAUAAUCUUCGAAGAUAUAAAAUUCUUAAGAGCGACUACACUUGCAAAGAAAGGUCAUGUUAAGUUUGAAAUAACUAUCAAUAGAUUCUCCGGUAAUUUUGAGAUAGUUGAAGGGGGAUCUUUGGUGGUAACAGGAAGAAUAAGCUCGAGAGAUCAAGACUAUGAAACUUUCAAGGGGUACGAUAAUAUCCCUUCUAGUCCACGUAGUUUGUCGUCGAAGGAUGUUUAUAAAGAAUUACGUUUAAGAGGAUACAAUUAUUCGGGAGACUUUAGAAGUAUAAAAGAAUUCAAUCCAGACCUUGAUAUGGGUUUAAUAUUGUGGAAGGAUAAUUGGAUUUCAUUUAUGGACAAUAUGCUACAACUGAAGAUCCUCAAUUCCGAUACGAGAUUACUGUAUGUUCCCACGCACAUAACACAAAUGUUCAUUCCUGCAAAAUGUCAUUUGGAAUGGAUAAAUAGAAAUUAUUUGUUGAAACAGAAGGAACCUCUUCUUCCUGUCUAUUUUAAUAAAAAUACAGGAGAUAUACGGUGCGGAAAUAUUGUGAUAAAAGGACUGAUAGCUAAUUCUAUACACAGAAGAAAAGAUUUGGGUAUACCUGUUUUGGAAAAACAUCAAUUUCUUCCCAACAUUACAGCACUUACACUGGACGAGUCGAUCAGAGUUAAUAUGCAAAUUCUGCUUGAAAAUGCAUUGAUUAAAAAAGUUAAAUGUGUCGAAGUGAUUGACGAAUUUACAAAAGAUAACUCCACCAUUAUUCCUAGCAUUAAAUCCGCUUUCGAAGAUCAACCGCUUAUUCAACCUAUAGUAAAAAUACUAACAAAAAUCACGCUAGAAGAUAUCCCAGAAACUAUUCAAGUAGAAGAUAAAGAAUUAUACACUGAAUCUGAAUGUAAUUUAAUUGUUGGUACUCGACUGUUAGAAAGAGCAAGUAUACUGAAAACAGCUUACGGAUCCCUGAAGGAAAAUGGUUUUAUAAUAUCUCGAGAGCAACCUCAACUAGAUAGUUCUGCGCAAACAAUUAAAGAUUUCACAAUUUUUACUGUACACUAUACUCCUGAUGAAACCAUAGUACUUCUUAAAAAGAAUUCUAGAGUCAAAGAACUUAUUGUUUUUGAUAUAUCUUCAGAGGAACUAGAUUGGAUUAAACCGUUACAAGAAUUAAUAAAAACAAAUAAAAGUGACAAUGUAGUAUUAUACGCUCAAAAUAAACCUUUAAAUGGAAUCCUAGGGUUUGUCAACUGUAUUAGAAGGGAGCCAGAAACUUCUUAUAUAAGAGCCCUUUUUGUAAUGGAUGAUGCUGAAGAAUUUGAUAAAAAUAGUUCAUUUUAUAAGGAACAACUUGAUAAAAAUAUGGCAGUGAACGUUUGGAAAGAUAAUACUUGGGGCACAUAUAGACACUUACGUCUAGGUACUUCAGAAAAUGUAAAAUCUCAACACUGUUUCGUCAAUACUACCAUAAGAGGAGAUUUAUCCAGCUUAAGAUGGAUCGAAAAUAGUCUUAAAAGCGAUAUGGUCCUACCUCCGGAGAAAAAAUUGGUUCAUAUUCACUAUGCAUCUCUCAAUUUCAGAGAUGUGAUGACAGCUUCUGGAAAAAUAAAUAUAGAUGUCAUCACCACAGAUAGAUUAGAACAAGAAUGUGUUCAAGGGUUUGAAUUUUCCGGAUAUACUUCAGAGGGAAGAAGAGUUAUGGGAAUGGUAGCUCAAGGGGCCAUGUCAACCUUAAUGUUAGCGGAUGAAUAUUUACUCUUCGAUGUUCCAGACUCUGUAACUCUAAAAGAAGCAGCAACAAUUCCAGUCGUUUAUGGUACUGUAAUCUAUGGAUUAUUAAUUAGAACUCAGUUGAAAAAAGGGGAAAGUAUUCUUAUCCAUUCUGGAACAGGAGGAAUAGGUCAAGCAGCAAUUAGAAUAGCUUUGCACUAUGGUUGUACUGUGUUCACCACAGUUAGUACCACUGAGAAACGAGAAUUUCUUCUUAAGACUUUCCCACAACUCAAAGCCGAACAUAUUGGGAGCUCCAGAGAUUUAUCCUUUAUUCAAAUGAUACGAAAGUAUACAAAGAAUCGAGGAGUUGAUGUAGUACUCAAUUCGCUAGCUGAGGAAAAACUCCAAGCUUCUAUUAGAUGUUUAGCUCGCGGAGGAAGAUUUGUUGAAAUAGGAAAGUUCGAUUUAGGCAACAAUAACGAAUUAAAACUCUCUAUUCUAAGAAAAGAAGCCAGCUUCCAUGGUAUCAUGUUGGAUCAACUAUUCACAUGUUCUCCUGAUAUAAAAAAUAAAAUUGUUAACAUAUUGACAUCAAAUAUCGGAAUAUUCGUUAAACCUUUACCUAUAACUUGCUUCGGUUAUAAUCAAGUGGAGGAAGCUUUUCGAUAUAUGUCCUCUGGAAAGCACAUAGGGAAAGUAACUAUUCAAAUACGUGAAGAAGAUAAAGUACCACAAGCAGUUCCAGAAGAGUUUGUUGGAAUUCCAAGGUACUUCUGUUAUCCCGAAAAAACAUACGUUAUCGUUGGUGGUUUGGGAGGCUUCGGUCUAGAAUUAGCAGACUGGUUGGUAUUGAAGGGUGCUAAAAAUUUAGUGCUAACCUCGAGAAAAGGAGUUACCACGGGUUAUCAAAAAAUGAGAAUCAGAACAUGGGAGUCAUAUGGAACAAUAGUUCAUAUUUCAACGGAUAAUAUCUAUACCGAAGAAGGAUGUCGAAAUCUUCUUCAGACUGCAAAUAAACUUGGAAAUGUCCAUUCAAUUUUCAAUUUAGCUGUCGUAUUGUCUGAUGCUAUUUUUGAAAAUCAAACACUUGAAACCUUCCAAACAUCACUUGGGCCUAAAGCAGUAGCUGCCAGUCAUUUGGACAGAUUAUCAAGGGUACUAUGUCCAACUCUCAAAGAUUUCGUGAUAUUUUCUUCCGUGUCUUGUGGUAGAGGAAACGCUGGGCAAACUAAUUAUGGAAUGUCAAAUUCAAUUAUGGAAAGAAUUUGCGAACAAAGAAAAAAAGAUGGAUAUCCAGCACUGGCUAUUCAAUGGGGAGCGAUAGGAGAUGUUGGUCUAAUCGCGGAAUUACAAGAAGAGCAUGUCCAACUAGAAAUUGGAGGAACCCUACAACAAAAGAUAUCGUCCUGUUUGAACGUCUUGAAUAAUUUUUUGAGACAAAAAGAUGCCACAGUAGUUUCCAGUAUAGUAGUCGCGGAAAAACGCGGAGGCUUAGAAUCAUGCGAUAAUGUAAUUGAUACUGUUCUAAAUAUUUUAGGUUUAACUGAUGCUAAACUAGUAAGUCACCACGCUACCUUACCAGAAUUAGGAAUGGAUUCUAUGACGGGUGUAGAAAUCAAACAAACGCUAGAAAGGGAAUUCGAAAUUUUCCUCACGCCAAAAGAUAUGAAAACGAUGACUUUAGCCAAAUUGAAAGAAAUUCAAGAAGAACGUUGUUUGGCUGAAGAAGAUGUAGUGGAAGCUACUGAUUGGGGUUUUAUUUUCAAAAAUACUAGUGAAGAAGAAGAAGUGAGAACAUCAGAAGUAAUUAUAAAGUCGAAUGUAUCAGAAGAAGCUGAUAUACCAACAGUGCUAAUGUUCCCAGGGAUUGAAGGUUUUGCAAAGAUAUUCACAAAUCUCGCAUCAAAUUUGAAUGCUCACGUAGUAGCAUAUCAGUAUUGGGAGCGAAAUGAUUUUACAGCCGUCGACGAAUUAGUACAAGCAUUAUUACCAAAAGUCGAAAAGCAACUGAAGAAUAAGAAGAGGUUCACAAUAAUAGGAUACUCUUUUGGAUCUUUAGUUGCUACAGAAAUAGUGAGCAUUUUAGAAUCUAAAGGAUAUUCCGGAAACCUCAUAAUUAUAGACGGUAGCGCAGUACUAAUGAAGAAAUUGUCUCAAAAUAUUCAAAGUUCUGAAAAUGUUUUUGAAACAUCCCUCAUCUGUCAUUUAUUAUCGUUCUAUUUGCCCAGAGAACUGAUAUCAAACCAAAAGGAAAGAAUUUUCAAAUGUAAUGAAUGGAAUGAACGUCUAGACAUUGCUGAAGAAAUCAUCAAACAAGUUAUAAUCUCUCCCGAAACCAUAGCGUUCCAAAGAGCGUUGACAAAUGGAUUAUAUAACAGGAUCAAGUCAUGUGAAAGCUAUGUACCAUCUUUCGAUAAACUUAAAUCGCGAAUAAUACUUUUCAAACCGACCAAACAAACAACGAAUGAUAUAGAUGAUGAUUAUGGGUUAUCAGAAAUAACCGAACCACAAGUACAAACAAAAGUUCUCGAAGGAAAUCAUUUGAGCAUUUUGGAAAAUGAUUUGUUACCGAAUGAGAUAAAUUCUCUACUUAAAACAUGGAAUGAAGAAUAACCUAUUUGAUAACAACAAUUUUUUAUAGUUAAAUAUAAUUUUAUAAUUAA